AAAACUUCCUGCAAUCAUUGUUUCCGUCGACUACCGUCUUGCACCGGAGCACCCGUAUCCUGCGCAACAUGAUGAUUGCUUUGAUGUGCUGAAAUUUCUGGAUGAUGAUCAGGAAAAUGGUUCGAAAUCUUUACCAGAGAAUGUGAACAUUUCACGCUGCUUUCUCGUCGGAGAUAGCUCUGGCGGAAACCUAGCUCAUCACGUUGCUCAACGAGCCUGCGAAUUCAACUUCCAUCGACUCAAGGUAAUUGGAGUGGUGGCGAUUCAACCAUUCUUUGGAGGAAUGGAACGAACAGAUUCCGAAAUAGAACUGAAAGGAACGCCUCUGGUGUCGUUGAAGAGGACAGAUUGGUGCUGGAAGGCGUUUAUGCCGGCAGGUGAAGGGUACGACCGUGACCAUCCGAUCAUCAAUGUGAGUGGGCCAAGGGCAGUGGACAUAUCAGAGCUGGAUUUUCCGGCAACGAUGGUGGUUAUGGGUGGGUUCGAUGCUCUAAAGGACUGGCAGAAAAGGUACUACGAGUGGGUGAAGAAUAGUGGGAAAGAAGCAUACUUGUUGGAUUACCCAAAUAUGUGCCAUGCUUUCUACAUGUUUCCGGAGCUGCCUGAAUCUGACCACCUUAUAUCGGAAUUGAAGGACUUCAUUCAGAUAGUCUUAAAUAAGACAUAGUAUGUAUGUCUUAAAUUCAAU